ACGUGCGGCGCUCUACGGUGGCCGGGCGGGCUGCUGCGGCUUCCUUACCCCCGAAUACCUAAGCACCCCGGGAAGGUGCGGCGACAGUGGUUUUUGUAGUCGCAGCUCCGAGAAGGGCGUCCGGCCAGCCGGCACCAUGGUGAAGGAGCAGUUCCGCGAGACGGAUGUGGCUAAGAAAAUAAGCCAUAUCUGUUUUGGAAUGAAGUCCCCUGAGGAGAUGCGCCAGCAGGCACACAUCCAGGUUGUCAGUAAGAACCUGUACAGCCAAGACAACAACCAUGCCCCCUUGUUGUAUGGAGUGCUUGACCAUAGAAUGGGUACAAGCGAAAAGGAUCGUCCUUGUGAGACCUGUGGGAAGAACUUGGCGGACUGUCUUGGCCACUAUGGGUACAUUGACCUUGAGCUACCGUGCUUUCAUGUUGGGUACUUCAGGGCUGUUAUUGGCAUCUUACAGAUGAUCUGCAAAACCUGCUGCCACAUUAUGCUGUCCCAGGAAGAGAAGCAGCAGUUUGUGGAUUUUCUGAAGAGGCCAGGCCUUACCUACCUGCAGAAGCGAGGCCUGAAGAAGAAGAUCUCAGAUAAGUGCCGGAAGAAAAGCACUUGUCACUACUGUGGGGCCUUUAAUGGUACCGUAAAGAAAUGCGGCUUACUGAAGAUAAUUCAUGAAAAAUACAAGACAAACAAAAAAGUCGUGGAUCCCAUUGUAUCAAACUUCCUGCAGUCCUUUGAGACAGCCAUUGAGCAUAACAAAGAGGUUGAACCCCUGCUGGGAAGGGCCCAGGAGAACUUGAAUCCCUUAGUAGUUCUGAACUUGUUUAAGCGCAUCCCCGCUGAAGAUGUCCCGUUACUCCUGAUGAACCCAGAAUCUGGAAAGCCCUCUGAUUUGAUUCUCACCCGACUUUUGGUGCCUCCCCUGUGUAUCAGACCUUCUGUCGUGAGUGAUUUGAAGUCUGGAACCAAUGAAGAUGACCUGACAAUGAAACUGACAGAGAUCAUUUUCCUAAAUGACGUUAUUAAAAAGCACCGGAUCUCCGGAGCCAAGACACAGAUGAUCAUGGAGGACUGGGAUUUCCUGCAGCUGCAGUGUGCCCUCUACAUCAACAGUGAGCUCUCUGGCAUCCCCCUCAACAUGGCACCUAAGAAGUGGACGCGAGGCUUUGUGCAGCGCCUGAAGGGGAAACAGGGUCGAUUUAGAGGUAAUCUGUCAGGGAAGAGGGUGGAUUUCUCCGGCCGAACAGUCAUCUCACCUGACCCCAACCUCCGGAUUGAUGAAGUCGCCGUGCCAGUUCAUGUGGCCAAAAUUCUAACUUUUCCUGAGAAGGUGAACAAAGCAAACAUCAAUUUUUUGAGGAAACUGGUUCGAAAUGGCCCGGAUGUUCACCCAGGAGCCAAUUUCAUCCAACAAAGACACAUGCAGAUGAAGAGGUUCCUGAAGUAUGGAAAUCGGGAAAAGAUGGCUCAGGAGCUCAAGUUCGGCGACAUUGUAGAGAGACACCUGAUAGAUGGAGAUGUGGUCUUGUUCAACCGGCAGCCUUCCCUGCACAAACUGAGCAUCAUGGCCCACCUGGCCAGGGUCAAGCCCCACCGGACCUUCAGAUUCAAUGAGUGUGUCUGCACCCCCUACAAUGCAGACUUUGAUGGGGAUGAAAUGAACCUUCAUCUUCCCCAGACAGAGGAAGCCAAAGCAGAGGCCCUUGUUCUCAUGGGGACCAAAGCGAACCUUGUAACCCCACGAAAUGGGGAGCCACUCAUUGCUGCCAUUCAGGACUUCUUAACAGGUGCUUACCUCCUCACCCUCAAGGACACUUUCUUUGACCGAGCCAAGGCUUGCCAGAUCAUUGCUUCAAUACUGGUUGGCAAAGAUGAAAAAAUUAAAGUGCGCCUCCCACCCCCUACAAUACUAAAGCCUGUCACCCUGUGGACCGGAAAGCAGAUCUUCAGUGUCAUCCUCAGACCUAGUGAUGACAAUCCAGUGAGGGCCAACCUCCGAACCAAGGGCAAGCAGUACUGUGGCAAGGGGGAAGACCUCUGCGUCAACGACUCCUAUGUCACCAUCCAGAACAGUGAGUUGAUGUGCGGCAGCAUGGACAAAGGGACCCUGGGGUCAGGGUCCAAGAACAACAUCUUCUACAUCUUGCUACGAGACUGGGGGCAGAAUGAGGCUGCCGAUGCCAUGUCUCGGCUUGCCAGGCUGGCUCCUGUCUACCUGUCUAACCGUGGGUUCUCCAUCGGGAUUGGUGAUGUCACUCCUGGCCAGGGACUGCUGAAAGCCAAGUAUGAGCUACUAAAUGCUGGCUACAAAAAAUGCGACGAAUACAUUGAAGCCCUGAACACAGGCAAGCUGCAGCAGCAGCCAGGCUGCACGGCUGAGGAGACGCUUGAGGCUCUGAUCCUGAAGGAGCUGUCCGUGAUCCGGGACCACGCUGGCAGUGCCUGCCUCCGAGAGCUGGACAAGAGCAACAGUCCCCUCACCAUGGCCCUGUGUGGCUCCAAAGGUUCCUUCAUUAACAUAUCACAGAUGAUUGCCUGUGUGGGACAGCAAGCCAUCAGUGGCUCCCGGGUUCCAGAUGGCUUUGAGAACAGAUCUUUGCCUCACUUUGAGAAGCAUUCAAAGCUCCCUGCUGCCAAGGGCUUUGUGGCCAAUAGCUUUUACUCUGGCCUAACGCCUACUGAGUUUUUCUUCCACACAAUGGCUGGUCGGGAGGGUCUGGUGGACACAGCUGUAAAGACUGCUGAAACAGGAUACAUGCAGAGAAGACUGGUCAAAUCCCUGGAAGACCUCUGCUCCCAGUACGAUCUGACAGUGCGGAGUUCCACCGGUGACAUCAUCCAGUUCAUCUAUGGAGGAGAUGGCUUAGAUCCUGCUGCCAUGGAGGGCAAAGAUGAACCGCUGGAGUUUAAGAGGGUUCUGGACAACAUCAAGGCAGUGUAUCCAUGUCAGAGUGAACCUGCUCUCAGUAAGAACGACCUCACCUUGACCACUGAGGCCAUCAUGAAGAAGAGUGAGUUCCUAUGCUGCCAAGACAGCUUCCUGCAGGAAAUAAAAACAUUCAUUAAAGGGGUGUCCGAGAAGAUUAAGAAAACCAGAGAUAAAUAUGGGAUCAACGAUAAUGGCACAACAGAGCCUCGUGUGCUGUACCAGUUGGACCGUAUUACCCCUACCCAAAUAGAGAAGUUUCUGGAGACCUGUAGGGAUAAGUAUAUGAGAGCACAGAUGGAGCCAGGCUCUGCAGUGGGUGCACUCUGUGCACAGAGCAUUGGUGAGCCCGGUACCCAGAUGACUCUGAAGACAUUCCACUUUGCAGGAGUGGCCUCCAUGAACAUCACCCUGGGUGUGCCUCGGAUCAAAGAGAUCAUCAACGCUUCCAAGGCCAUCAGCACUCCGAUUAUCACAGCACAGCUAGACAAGGAUGACGAUGCGGAUUAUGCACGCCUGGUGAAGGGCAGAAUUGAGAAAACCCUCCUGGGGGAGAUCUCAGAGUACAUUGAAGAAGUGUUUCUUCCUGAUGACUGCUUUAUUCUUGUCAAGCUCUCCCUGGAACGGAUCCGACUUCUGAGACUGGAGGUCAAUGCUGAGACAGUGCGGUACUCCAUCUGCACAUCCAAGCUCCGAGUGAAGCCUGGUGAUGUGGCCGUUCAUGGGGAGGCUGUGGUGUGUGUCACCCCCAGGGAAAACAGCAAGAGCUCCAUGUAUUAUGUGCUGCAGUUUUUGAAAGAGGAUCUGCCCAAGGUGGUGGUACAAGGCAUCCCAGAGGUGUCGAGAGCUGUCAUCCAUAUUGACGAGCAGAGUGGGAAGGAGAAGUUCAAGCUUCUAGUAGAAGGUGACAACCUGCGGGCAGUCAUGGCCACUCACGGUGUGAAAGGCACCCGAACCACUUCUAAUAACACCUAUGAGGUGGAAAAAACCCUGGGCAUUGAGGCUGCCCGGACAACUAUCAUCAACGAGAUCCAGUACACGAUGGUCAACCAUGGCAUGAGCAUCGACAGGAGGCACGUGAUGCUGCUCUCUGACCUGAUGACCUACAAGGGUGAAGUCCUGGGUAUAACCAGGUUUGGCCUGGCCAAGAUGAAGGAGAGUGUGUUGAUGCUGGCCUCCUUUGAAAAGACAGCUGACCAUCUCUUUGAUGCUGCCUACUUUGGGCAGAAAGACUCCGUAUGCGGUGUGUCUGAGUGCAUCAUCAUGGGAAUCCCAAUGAACAUCGGAACUGGUCUCUUCAAGCUGUUACACAAAGCCAACAGGGACCCAAAACCACCCAGGAGACCCCUGAUAUUUGACACACAUGAAUUCCACAUCCCUCUUGUCACAUAGUUUGUGGCAAGAGGUCACCAUUUCUGACCUUG